AAACAAACAAAUAUGACCACAAGCUUACAUUUGGCGUCUCCUGUAAUUUCACCCCUUUGCACGGGAGUUUCGUGAGCAUCGCUCUGCAGACGCUGCCAAACAUUCCCAUCCUUCUGCUGUUUUGGCGCAAUCUCAUUAUCCCCAACGACUCGUCCCACACCCUCACUCUGGCCUCUGGCCGUCCCAAGGUAUCCAUUUUCUAGCGCGCAUCCACUAUCCCGGAUCGGGGCCCAUCCGCCCAGAGGCUCUUCAGACAAUGGGACUUUCCUACUCUGGCAGCUAUGGUGUCCUACAGCUUCUUCUUCGUGGAGUGGCGGUCCUGUUCGCGACAGCCAUCGGCUACUACCUCUACCGAGGCUAUCAAGUUCGGAGCACAUUUCGAUCGCUGCGUCAGCAAGGCAUUCCUCUCAUGAAGCAUUCCAUGAUCCUCGGUCACCUCGAGGUCAUUGGCAAGCUGAUGUCCGGGCUUCCUUCCGAUGCCCACGGCGACUACAUGAUGAUGAAGAUACAGGAGAACUGGCGGGAGCUGUUCCCCAACUGCUCAAAGUGUCCACCUGUCAUCUACGUCGACCUUUGGCCGUUUGCAUCGCCCAUGAUAAUAUCUGUCAACCCAGACAUAUCCGCCCAGUUCACACAGGAUUACUCUCUGCCAAAAGCUUACCAACAAAAGCGUGUCCUGUAUCCCUUGACACGCAACCGCGACGUGUCUUCGAUGGAAGGGUCGGAGUGGAAGGUAUGGCGGAAAAGAUUGAACCCAGGCUUCAGCAUCCAGAACAUUACCAGCCGAAUCCCAGACAUGCUGGAAGAAGUCGAAGCCUUUGCAGAGGUACUAAAGGGCCGGGCGGGAAAGAAUGGGGCAUGGGGGGAUGUAUUCCCGCUUGAAGAGGCCACCACGAACCUGGCCAUGGACGUCAUCUUUCGGUUCUUCCUGAACAAACGACUCCACGAGCAGGCGGGGAAACGAUCUCCGAUUUCCGUGGCCCUCAUCGAUACCAUAUCGAGGAUGUACUUCUACGUCCAUAUCGGCAACAUCGCCUCCUAUCUCAGUCCAUGGCGACAUUUCAACCUGUGGCGCAACUACCGAACCCUUACGAACUGUCUCGCUCCCUUCAUCCAGGAAAGAGUAUCCGAGCUACAGAUCGAUCGUACAGCCACCAACAAGACAUUGGUGGACCUAAUCGUCCAGAGCCAAGACCAAGAGGACAGCGAACAAGGCGCGCGUAACGGCAAACCGCUGGUGUUUGACAAGGACUUCCUCGAGGUAGCCGUCGGGCAGAUAACCACCUUCCUCUUCGCCGGGCACGACACCACCGCGUCGACGAUAUGUUGGCUCUUUCACCUCCUCGCCCAGCACCCCGAAGUCCUCGCCAGGAUGCGCGCCGAGCACGACGCGGUCCUCGGGCCGGACCCGGACCAAGCCGCCGCCGCGCUUCGGGCCAGCCCGCAGCUCCUCGGCUCCCUCACGUACACGCACGCCGUGCUGAAGGAGUCAAUGCGCGUGCACACCAACGUCGGCUCGAUGCGGCGAGGGGAGCCGGGCUUCUAUCUGGUGGGGCCGCCCGGGUCCGGGGCGGGCUGCGAGGGACGGCGGUUCCCGACGGACGGGUUCGUCGUUUGGGACGGCACCUUCGCCAUCCACCGGGACCCGGAGCUGUGGCCGCGCGCCGACGAGUUUGUGCCCGAGAGGUUCCUCACGACGGACGAGGAUGAUCCGCUGCGGCCGCCCAAGAACGCGUGGCGGUUCUUCGAGGCCGGGCCCCGGAACUGCAUCGGCCAGCACCUGGCCAUGGUCGAGAUCAAGCUUGUGGUGGCCCUCGUUGCGAGGCGCUUCGAUAUUGAGUGUGCUUGGGACGAGUGGGACCGUAACAGGAACUCCAAGAGAGCGCCGAACAUGAUCUGGGGUGACCGCUGCUAUCAAGUAGGAGCUGACUCGCCACCACAUGUGAAGGACGGAAUGCCAGUGCAUAUAAGGAUUCGUGGCCAGGAUACCGAAGCCGAUUCUGAGCAUGACCAGCAAAGGAGCAGGGGUCAAGCUAAAGGGAUCGCCUAAACCCCAUGGACAGCAACGGCAAGAGUGACAGGAGUGACAGCAAGAGCAAUAGACAGUAACAGCAAGAGCGAUAGACAGCAAUGGCA